AUGGCACAGCAUCUCUUUCUCUUUCUUUCUCUUUGGCUACAAGAACCCUCUUUUCUCCCACCGCCUCCAUUUCCUUCAAGCUCCCUCCUCCCUUCCUCCUUCUCUCUGUCUUCAAAAGAAAACAGAGCAUUCUUAAUCUCUCCGGUCAAGCUGGCGAUUGAAAAUUGGGAAACUGCGGCCGUCUGGGAAUUCAAGCCAAACAACAGACAAAUCAUGGGAGCCGCCGGAGGUUCAAAUGAAGAAGACAACCGUUGGCCGCUGUGGCUGAAACCUCUCCUCCGAGAGAAUUUCUUUGUUCAAUGCAAGCUUCAUGUCGAUUCUCACAAGACCGAGUGUAAUAUGUACUGUCUGGAUUGCAGAAAUGGACCUCUCUGUUAUCUCUGUCUUUCCCACCACAAAGACCACCGCGCCAUUCAGAUAAGAAGAUCAUCUUACCAUGAUGUGAUAAGAGUUUCGGAGAUUCAGAAGUAUCUGGACAUAGGAUCGGUGCAGACAUACGUUAUCAAUAGCGCUAAGGUAGUUUUCCUGAACCAGAGGCCGCAGCCUAGGCCUGGUAAAGGCGUCACUAAUACCUGUCAUGUCUGCGACCGUAGCCUUCUUGAUUCCUUCCGAUUCUGCUCUCUCGGUUGCAAGAUUGUAGGAACGUCCAAUGAUUUGAAGAUGAAAAUGAUGAUGAAGAAGAAACAUUUACUAACUGUGGCGUCAGAUUCAGAGGAUUCGUGCAAUAAGGUGCAGAGUUUCUGUCCGUCAACGCCGCCGCCAACGGCGGUCAAUCACCGGACGGGAAAGAGGAGGAAGGGAAUUCCCCAUCGUGCCCCUAUGGGACUAGUCAUUGAAUACUAAUGGCUUCAGUCCACCACUAGCACUUGUGCUUUUACCAAAAAGGCCAUUGCUAGUGUGAAGGAAAUAUCUUAUAUAUAUAUAUCAUAUACAUAUUAGAUAUCAAUGUGAAAUUACUGUAAUAAUAUUAUAUCCAUGUCAAACAAAUGUAGCAGUGUGUAGGGGUAAAAUAGGAAUAUAUAUAUAUAUAUAUAAUAAGCUUUGUUUAAAACAAAAUUUAAGUUUUUUUUUACUUGUGUUCUUGAGCUUGUAUAAUGAAAUGUAAAAAUAUAGUUUAG